AUGGAACCCGUUCCGACUCGCCUCAAUGUGGCUCCCGUCCCGCCGGACGAGAUCUUCGCCUUGAACGGCGCCUAUUUCGCCGAUACCUUCCCCCAGAAAGUCAGCCUCGGCGUUGGCGUCUACCGCACAGAUGAUGGCAAGCCGUGGCCGCUCCCAGUUGUUCAGAAGGCCGAGAAGGAACUGGAGAAGGACAACGACCUCAUGCGCCACGAAUACACUGCCAUUGAGGGCGACGUACCCUUCCUGAAGAUUGCACGAGACCUGAUGUUCGGCUUCGAGGGCGAGGGCAAGGACGAGGAAGCCAAGGCCCGAAUUGCCUCUGUUCAGACCGUCGCUGGCACCGGUGCUAACCAUCUGGGCGCCCUCUUCCUGGCCCAUCACUACAAGCCUCGCACCGUUUGGCUGUCCAACCCCUCGUGGGCAAACCACAUGACCAUCUGGGAGCUGGCCGACGUUCCCCGCAAGACAUACCCCUACUAUCAUGCCGCGAGCCGGUCCUUCGACUUUGAGGGCAUGAUGUCAACCCUCGAGACCGAAGCUCAGGAAGGCGAUGCCGUCCUUCUGCACGCCUGCGCACACAACCCCACCGGUCUGGACCCGAACAAGGAGCAGUGGAUCGCUAUCGCAGACCUAUGCGAGCGUAAGAAGCUCUUCCCAUUCUUCGACUCAGCCUACCAGGGUUUCGCCUCCGGUUCGGUUGAGGAAGACGCCUGGGCGGUUCGCUACUUCUUCAACAACAAGCCUGAUAUGGAGAUGUGCGUUGCCCAAAGUUUCUCCAAGAACUUCGGCCUGUACGGCCAGCGUGUUGGCGCCUACCACUACGUUCUUAACCGCAAGUCUACUUCCAUCCGUGACGUUGUCGUCAACAACCUCUGCCACUUGAUCCGUGGCGAGUUCUCCAUGGGCCCACGUAUCGGAUGCAGUAUCGUUAAGAAGAUUAUGAACAGCCCGGAGCUGGUCGCCGAUUGGCACCAGGAUUUGGAGGUCAUGAGUUCGCGCAUUAAGUCUAUGCGCCAAGCUCUCUAUGAUGAGUUGGUUCGCCUUCAGACCCCUGGCACCUGGGAGCACAUUAUCGAGCAGAACGGCAUGUUCUCCUAUACUGGUCUUACCCCCAAGCAGGUCUACGCUCUCAAGGACAAGUAUCACAUUUACCUGCUCAAGUCCGGCCGAGCCUCCAUCAGUGGCUUGAGCGAGAAGAAUGUCAAGUACGUGGCGCAGGCCAUUGACGACGUUAUCCGUAACGUGCUUUGA